AUGAGUCACAGUCGCUGGAGUAUUGGUCUAAUUUUUACAUUGCUUCUAUUGGGCAGCACCGAAGUGAAUGCCUUCUUCAAUUUCGGCAAUCAUCAACAACAGCACCAGCAACAACCACAAUCAUAUGAAGAUCAAGUUUUGAAUAACCCAUGUGACGGGUAUUUGUGCCCCGACACUUUAGCGUGCGUUGCGCAGCAGAAGGAUUGUCCUUGUCCCUUCCCUAAAUCUCAGUUGAAAUGCGUCCUUCCCAACAAUAAGUUUGUUUGCGUAUCUAAACCGGCCACACAUAAUGAAAAGCUGAGAGCAAUAUAUGAUGACCCUGUAAAAGGCCCUAAGGCAAAGAACAAGGGAUUUAGGGAUUGUGGAUGGGUAUCCGAAGCCUAUAAAAGUGGUUGA